AUGUCGGGCCGCACCCUCUGUCAACAUCCAUCCAGUCGGAUUGCUCGGGAGAAUCUGGAAGUAUUCUGUGAUACCUGGGGCCAAUCGAUAACCACGCUGGUCAACUUCAAAGAGUCGUAUCUUUUGAAUGGCAAACCGAAGUCAGAAAGGGCGAUUCGAGCAGCAUUGAAGGUAGGCAGCGCAGUCGAAGCCGCUAUUGAGCGAUUCGUAGCGGUAGGAGAAACAAUUGCCGAUGAAAAUCCGGACAUUCAACCCGAGAUGUACGAUGCAUGUCACGAAGCACGACUGGCAGGAGCAUCUAUAGCCAACCUUUCCUGCUGUUCUUCGGACGUCCCCGAUGCGCCACUGUUGGACAAAAGUGUGCUUGUGCGAGCCAGCCGACAGCUUCUCAGUAGCGUUACGAGGGUGUUGCUAUUAGCCGAUAGGGUGCUCGUGAAACACAUUUUGCGAGCUGAAGAUAAGGUAGCGUACUCACUUUCGCGAUUAGAAGUUUGUCGAUCUUUCACAGAGUUUGUUAAAAUUUUUGCUGAAUUUGGCGGUGAAAUGGUGGACUUGGCUCAUAGGUCUGGUGACAGGCAGCACGAUUUGAAAAGUGAGAAGCGGAGGGCUCAGAUGGGUGUGGCUAGAGCAGCUCUCGAGCGGCACACAAUGCUUUUGCUGACAUCCUCAAAGACCCUCCUGCGGCAUCCAGAUUCUGAGACUGCUCUGCAGUGCAGGGAUGGAGUGUUUGAGCAGAUCCGAACCGCUCUUCAACUUAUCGCCAUUUGUGUUUGUGAUGGUGUCCUUCCCGUGGAUCCAGUACGAUUUGUCCAAACAUCCACUGAGGAACCACUAGAUAUUGGUAUUCAACUCACAGCUAAUGCCGCCAUCAAACAACUCACCGAGAUGCUGGAGAUGGUUCGAAUGACAUCCAGAGUUGGAGUAGGAGUCAGAGAGCGGCUUAUCGGUGCACUCGAUGCACUUUGUGAAAUGACUCAGGAUUUCACUGAUUCCGCGUAUACACCGCACCACCAUCGAGAACAAAUUUUGGAUUUCUUAGAAGAGUGUCGCUUCGAAAUGACCAAUCUCAUUCAGCCCGAAGACGAGUCCUCCGACCAGUUACGCUCCGAUGGCAUUGAGGUAACAGUCGAGCGGUUGAACAGACGAUUGAAAGAUCUUGGAAAACAGUUGCAAAUCGUGGCGAUGGAACAUAUUUCUGAAGUUUUGCGUGCUAAUGAAGACCAAGUACUGCUCUCAUCGAUAAAAGCAUGCGCAGUUUCCGGCGAUAUUGACGGCGUUGAAAGAUAUAUGGAAAAAUUCAGGGAACAUGCUGAGCAUAUGCAAGAAACCUUGAUGUCGGGCCGUACCCUCUGUCAACAUCCAUCCAGUCGGAUUGCUCGGGAGAAUCUGGAAGUAUUCUGUGAUACCUGGGGCCAAUCGGUCAAUGAUCUCUCACGUCUUGCUAAGGAAUCGGACUCAGCUGCAUGUGGUCGUGUCGCCGCCGAAAAACAAGCGUAUAUGUCGUUGCCUCGUCCAGGGGUGAGCAGUACCGAUUCGUCGUCGUCGUUACCCCCAUUUAGAAGCUCCCGCGACCUGGCGACUGUUCAUAGUUCUGACUCGUCGUCGUCGUUGUCACGGUUCCGAAACGUUCCGCUUCGUAUUUUGAAUAGGUCAUUUGAAUCGCAAACUGUAACACGUCUUAUUUGUGAUUCCGAUGGUUCAACAUCGAGCGCUUCUAUCGAUAACCGUGAGAAUCGCCGUGACUUACUCAAUGUUCCGUCCAUGCCCCCACUGGCGGCGAUAAUGUCACAAGGAGGUGAUGAGCUCAGCUCGGCCGCCUCGGCAACCAGUGAAGAUCGCAAAGCGUUUGAGUAUCGUAUUAGUCUGAUCCUAGAUGAUUUGCAUAGGGUGCCACUGCAUGAUCGGAUUGACUGA